GGAAGAGAUGGGGUUGUGGAAAAUGGGAGAGAAAGGGGUUAAGAAAGUGAAGGAUGUGGGGAAGGAGGGAGAGAGAGAGAGAUGGGGCUGUGGGGAGUAGGGAAAAGGGAAGGAGAAGGGAGGCAAAGAGAUGUGGCCAUGGGAAAAGGGAGGAACGUGGAUAUGGAAAAUGGGGAGAGGGAAGCAUAGGGAUGUGGGAAAAGAGGGAGAGGAAAGUGGAUGAGGGUUGGAAAAGGAGGAGAAGGGAGAUACAAGGAUGUGGGAGAACAGAGAGGGAGCAGUAUGGGGGUAAGAAAAGGGGGAGAAUUGGGGCUGUGGGAAAUGAGAGAUGGGGGAUAUGAAAGACGGAGGCAUUGGAAUAUGGGAAAUGAGGAAGAGGAAGGGAUAUGGAUGGGGAAAAGGGAGGUGUAAGGAUGUAGGAAAAUGGGGAGAGAAGGAUGUGGGAAGUGAGGAGAAGGAAGGAUAUGGGGAUGGGAAAAGGGGGAGAGAGAGGCAUAGGGAUGUGUAAAUGUGGGGAGAGACAACUGGAAAGAGGGAGGGAUUUGGUUGUGGGAAAUGGGGAGAUAAAGGGAGGCAGGCCUGGGAAUUUGAGGUUGGAGGAGAUAUGGAUGUGGGAAAAGGGGGAGAGGGAGAGAUGGGCACUGAAGCAGAGGGUCAGCCCCACACCUUUGGGUACAGCCCCACACCUUUGGGUACAGCCCCAUACCUUUCCAUGGAGCAGGGGCAAGUUUGAUUUUGGGGCACCAGGCAGCCCACACUGGGAGCAGAAUAAGGGGGGACACCCUCCAUUGCUCCCCCCACCUUGUACCUAACUAAAUCACUAAAACUUAUAGAAGAACGAUCAGUAUUAAUAAAGGUAAUCCAGUUUUUAUUAAUGUCAAGCUUAAUCUCAUUUGCCUCCUUUUAACCUUUAGAACGCUGGGUCAUGCAACCUCCUAAUCUAUGUGCUUAGUAGUUAAACAUUCCCUCCAUACUAUUUCAUGCUCUGUGCUGCCUGUCUGCCCCCUCACAGUGCCCUUUCUCUCUUUGUAUCUCAUCCUGUUUCUCUAUCCCCAUGCAAUUCUCUAUCUCACUCUUUGCAUCCUGUCUGUCUGUCCGCACAUCGUGCCCUGUCUGUCCUGCCCCUGCCUAUCUUUGGCUCUGGGCACGCCUUGUGCCUUGCACAUGUUCCCACUCCAUUGGGACAGAUUAACACGGCCCAGCAUUGCCCUGGGUCCGGCGGGUGUCGGAGUGCUCAGGAAAAUCUGAGUCACGGCCGCGGGCGCCACGGAGCCGGUGGCAAAAAGCUCUGCUGGGGGGGACGCUUCAGGGACUCAGGACCAUGGCAGAGCCAGAGGAGGAUGAAGAGGACAACACAGCAGCUUUGGAGCAGCUGAUGGCACAAACAGGCCGGACAUUGCAAUGGCAGGAGCUGGAGGAGCAGUUCUGCGUGCUGGAAGAGCUGGGCAGCGGCACCUAUGGCAACGUGGUGCUCACCGAGCCCCGGGAUGGUGGCUCCCCCGUGGUCCUCAAGCUGAUGCUGAAGGAACGGACAGAGCGACGGGCGUUCCUAAGGGAGUAUUGCAUAGCACGCUGCCUCUCCGGCCACGCUGCCUGCAUCCAUGCCCUGCCCCUUGCCUUUGAGAACUCAACACAUUUUGCCUUUGGGCAGGAGCUGGCUCCCGCUGGGGACUUGUGCAACCUGCUCACACCAGGGGAGGGGCUGCCCGAGGUGCUGGUGAAGCGCUGUGCCUCUCAGCUGGCCGAAGCAUUGGAUUUCAUGCACAGCCGAGCCCUGGUGCAUCGGGAUGUCAAGCUGGACAACGUGCUGCUCUUCGACCACGAGUGUCGCCGUGUGAAGCUGGCAGACUUUGGCCUCACUCGACUGCAGGGUUCAGAGAUCAGCGCCAUGUCUGGUGCGCUGCCCUACGCCCCACCAGAGCUCUGCUUGCUGCAGGGCUCUGACACACUGGAGCUGGACUCCAGCCUGGAUGUUUGGGCUUUUGCUGUGCUGCUCUUCUGCCUCUGCACCGGCUGCUUCCCAUGGGCUGUAGCUGCCAGCCCUGACCCCCAGUUUGAGGCCUUCAGUGCUUGGCAGGGUGAUACAGUGGGACAAGAGACACCAGAGUCUUGGGGUGGCUUUGAGCGUGGGGCACAGGAGAUGCUGCAGCGCCUGCUGAGGCUUGACCCUAAUCGCCGCAGCCCAGCCAUUGAGGUGCACAAGUACCUGGCCCUGCCAUGGCUGACAGCACCCAACAACAGGGAUCGGACCCAUGGCACUGAUGGGCCUGGAGCGGUGGAUGGUGACGGAUAUGGAGGGGGGGAUGGUGAUGCACACAGAGCAGUGGAUGGUGGCCCUCAGUCACCCCUUGCCCAAGGGUGCAGGGGUUUGGGGGAUGAUGGGGAGCGUGGUGACAGCAGUUAUGGAGAGGAGAACAGCGUGCCCACAGCACCUGCCAGUGCCAUGGCCCUAUGCCACUAGCUGGCAUCUCCAACAUGGCACGGAGGGGUCCUUGGGGUGUGGGCUGGUGUCUUCUUCUUCUUCUUGGAAUGGACAGAAUGGACAUGGAGCUGUUGGAGAGGAUCCAGAGGAGGCCACAAGGAUGCCCGGAGGUGAAGUACCUCUUCCAAGGGUUGAAGCACCUCUUCCAACUAAAGAAGCUGAGAGAAUUGGGCUUGUUCAGAGAAGGCUCCAUGGCGAUCUCAUUGCAACCUUCCAGUACUUAAAGGGAGCUCAUAAACAGGAGGGAAAGUGACUUUUUGCACAGUCUGACUGUGACAGGACAAGGGGGAAUGGUAUUUAAGUUAAGAGGGAAGAUUUAGGUUAUAUGUUAGGGGGGAUUUCUUUGCUCAGAGCAUGGUGAGGCACUGGAACAGGCCGAACAAAGAAGCUGUGGUUGCUCUAUCCCUAGAUGUGCUCAAGGCUGGUUGAAUGGAGACCUGGGCAACCUGGAUGUCAACCAGCUCAUGGCAGGGGGUUGGAACUAGGUGAGCUUUAAGGUCCCUUCUAACCCAACCCAUUCUAUGUUUCUUGUGGGUGGGAUGGAAGCCUUGGUCUCUACUUGGUCCCCUGGGUGAGAACAUAAGGGCCAGUAGCACAUUGUGGGCAGGGGAAGGAGAAGAAACACCAGGGAUUGUAUUUGGAGGAGGUCAGGGACCCCAGCCCCACACUUACUUUUCACCCUAUUGAUGAAUGCAAUGGCAAAGCACCUGAGCAACAAAUGAGCAAGUAAAAGCCAAGGAAAGAGCAGCCAGCAGGACACAGAGAAAUGGGAGGAGAGUGGUGGAAGUGGGUGGUAAAACCGCUCAUCAGUUCUGCAAGGGAACCCAGAAAUGGAUCUGACAUUCACUCCUUGCAUACGUGUGUGAGGAGGAUGUCACCAGGCUGUAAUUAGUUAAGAUGCCAAAGGAUUUCCUUGGGGUUUAUGAGACGAGGAGACAAAUGUAAGUACUCCAGGCACACAGAUAUAUGUUAGGCAGGGCUGUGGGGCGAAUUCCUAGUCCUUGAGGGAGAGGAAAUCAACCUGGAACACAGCUCCCUCUGAACAUGGCUCUGCAAAAGGUAGAAAAUCUGCACUAAGAGGAUGGGAUGUGGGUUGGCCAGUCAUACAGAAAAGCCAGAGUGAGAGCAUGUUGAGUUGGCUCUGCAUGUGGAAGAUGCUGGAGGGAUGAAGAUGUUCUGAGCAUCCUUUCAUCAGGGCAAGUAGUGAUGGGACAAGGGGUGAUGGGUUUGAAUGGAAAGAGGUGAAAUUUAGGAUGAAUUUUGGGGGGAUGAGGCACUGGAACAGGUUGUCCAGAGGAAUUGUAGGUGCCCUUUCCCUGGAAUUGGGCAGGGAAAUUGGGCAUUCUCAAGGCCAGAAUGGAUAAGGUUUUGGGAAAUUUAGUGGGUGGCGUCCAUGCCCAUGAAAUAGGCUUGGAACUGGAUGGUCUUUAAGGUCUCUUCCAACCCAAACCCUAUGAUGCUAUGACUAGAAUUCCACGACUAUGGCUUUGUGAAUUCAGACUAAGCAAGAAGAACACUGCUGCACAGUGGAAGGGGAGCUGGAAAUAAGCUGAAAUGCUGAAGCUUAAUAAAACCCUCUGUGUUUUGCCUUUUUUUUU